UGUUAGGCCCCCUGCAGCUCCCGGUGAGCCUCGUGCACAGCCUUCCCUGGAGCAGGCUAGGCUCCGCACCCGCCAUAGCUGCCGCGGCGCACGUUUGACGAUCGGGGUGGGGUGGAGGCUGGAGCCUUGUCUCGCCUCCGCUCGAUCCACACGGAAAAUAAUGCAUAGCAGUUUGUCGAAUUCCCAGGUGGAAGGCGCCUGCCGCACGAAGCUGGGUUCUUCGUCGAUGCAGCUUCAGCUUCAGCUCCAGCUCCGGCGAAUGAUUGCUGCUGCGGUGUCGGGACAUGGCGCUAGGGUUGAACCGCUUUGAAUAGCGUGGCUAGAGGGGGGAGACCAGAGGCGGGGAGGAAAGCUGGCGGACCAAAUGUAGUUGCUUGGGGUGCCGGAGGCUCGUGGGCGAUGAUGGGAAUCGUUGCGGGUGGCGGUAGAAUGGAGGAGGCUGUGAAGGUGGAGAGCUCUUGGUCUGACCGGGUGAGAGGUUCUCCUCGAGCUUUCCACGCGCAGCUUUGGCUGGUUUUAGAUGUUUGUGGGGGUUGCGUUCGGGUGAUUGAAGUUGCAGAUCAAGUCAUGGCCGCGCAUAGAUUCGUUCGACGUCCGUGGCUGUGCAUUGUGCUUUUUUAGCGAUCAGUGUAGGGACGGGGGAUCUUCUAACAGGAGCUUCCGUUAGAUGAUUAUGCACACACGCUUUGGUCUAGUUUGUGCAGCGGGUGUCCUAUUUCUGCGGCCGGGGCAGGACUAGAAUGUAAACACGUCGGCGAGGCGUCGUCUUGGGGAGGAAAAUAAGUUUUGUAGUGGAUGUGGAGUAAUAGGGGUGGAGAAAUCGUGAUUCUCCACUUCGUCAUCGCUGGUAUCCCAAUUUUCGGAUGUGCGCGUGUUUGUGUUUAGGUUUUGCCCCUUUGAUUUAAGACAGUGAGGAUUGAAGCAGGGAUGGCAUCUAGUGGUGCAAAAUCGGAGACUUCGCAGGAUGGGACAUCCCAAAGAAGGGGACAAGCUUGGUUGUGCACUUCGGGGCUUCAAAGCGACAUUGUUGUGGAUGUCGAACAGAUGACCUUCCACCUGCACAAGUUUCCUCUCGUGUCUCGUUGCCGGCGCAUCGCCCGCCUUGUGGAGGAAGUCAGCAGGGAGGACGAGGACACAUGCGAAAUCCGCCUAGAGAAUUUCCCUGGAGGGACAUGGUCCUUUGAGCUCGCCGCCAAGUUUUGCUAUGGAGUGAAAAUAGAAUUCACUUCUAGCAACAUCGUUGCGCUACGUUGCGCUGCUGAAUAUCUAGAAAUGACUGAAGAUCUUGCGAACGAGAAUUUGAUUGUAAGGUCGGAGGCGUUUCUUCAAGAGGUCGUGCUCCGAAGCUUGUCGGACUCCAUCGCUGCUUUGCAAAGCUGCUCAAAUCUCUUUCCCAUGACCGAGGAACUUGGUCUCGUGGACAGGUUGAUUGAUUCGGUAUGUGCCAAAGCAAAUGUGAAUGAUUCCUCAAGAGGAGGGUGGCUAAUGCAGGAUCACCGUUCCUUGCAAUCCCCUGGCGGGAGCUUGCUGUGGAACGGUAUCAGUACGGGAGCUAGGGCUAGGAUUCUCGAAGUUUCUGACAAUUGGUGGUACGAAGACAUCUCAACCUUAAGUUUACCAUUUUUUGAGAAAGUUGUGCUUGGAAUGAAAGCCGCUGGCGUCAGAGGCGAGAAUAUAUGGGGUGCAGUAGUUCAUUAUGCAAAGAAAGCCUUGCCGGGCCUUCACAGACGCCACAGCGGACGCGAAGCCGCUCACAGCCACCGCAAGGCGCUUGUAUCCUCUAAUCCCAUCGUUCAGGAGCACGAUCAACGAAUCUUACUCGAAACAAUUGAGUCCCUCCUCCCUCCCUUGAAAGUUGGAAGCUCCGCUCGGUUUCUGUUUGGAUUACUGCGAUUAGCUAUAAUUUUGAAUGCUAGCCCGCAAUGUAAGAGUAAUCUGGAGAAGAGGAUAGGCAUGCAGCUAGAACAGGCCACCUUGGACGAGCUCUUAGUGCCGAAUUACUCCCACGUGGAGGAGACGCUUUACGACAUCGAUUUGGUGCAACGGAUUUUGGACCAUUACUUGAUGCUGGAGCAGAAUGGUUCACCCGAAUCGGACGAAGAGGGACUUCUCCUGGGAUCUCCGUCGUUGUGUCCCAUUAUGAUGGUUGCGAAGCUCGUGGAUGCUUAUCUCGCUGAAAUUGCGCCAGACGUCAAUUUAAAACCUUCGAAGUUCCAAGCAUUGGCUGAAGCAUUGCCUGAUUAUUCCAGACCUUCAGAUGAUGGCUUAUACAGGGCGAUUGACGUUUAUUUGAAGGCUCAUUCUUGGCUAUCAGAAUUGGAGCGAGAGAUGGUGUGCAAGAUCAUGAACUGUCAGAAGCUUUCCCUGGAAGCGUGCACGCACGCUGCGCAGAAUGAGAGGCUGCCGUUGCGGGUGGUUGUACAGGUUCUUUUCUUUGAGCAGCUGCAGCUGCGGAAUGCCAUAGCUGGGUCCUUUUUGGUUGCAGACACCGUUGGGGGUUCUGGGAAACAGCAAGAGCAGCAUCAUAUACCGCCAGGAGUGGUCAGGCAAGGGGAGAGUUGGGAGAAAUCUUUGGGGGGUAGUAAGACGCUGAAAGAUGACAUGAGCAAGAUACUGGCUCGCGUCAGUCAGUUGGAGAUGGAAUGUGGGACCAUGAGACAGGAGAUUGAGAAUCUUCACAGAGCGAAGAAGCCGGUGAAUUCGCUCUCAAACGCUUUUGGUUGCAAGCUGUUUUCUAAUGCUAUUCCUUCAACUGGGGAGGUCAAUAGAGGCCAUCGUCGGAGUCUGAGUGGAAACGUAGGAUACUCAGGGGAGCAAGUGCAAUAAAGAGAGCACUUGAGCUAAUAUCAGGGCAGGAUUUGACAGGUACCAUCUUGGGAAUGUAUUAUUUUUUUUUAUUAUUUUAUUAUUUUUGUUUUUAUUUUUAUUUUUAGGGUGCGCUGCAAUUCUCUGCAAAUAAUUCAACUUGGAAGCAGUCGAUCCUGAAAGGCUUCAUAAACACGUGUUGGCGUCCAAGUUCUCCACUUUUGAUGCACCCUUUACUUUUUUGGUUGUUUUUAUCGUUGUAAAUAGAUUGCAGGAUAGUCCACCACUGUAGUUAGGGCUCAGAUCCAGAAAAUUAGGUUAACUGCGUCGCAUAAUCUGUUUUGUCUUUAUCGAUAAGCAUAAUCACCAGCAGUUAUUUUACUCUUCCUUGUAGGUUAUUUUUACGGGUGUUCUAGGACUGAUGUUCACAGAAAAUUUGUUAUAUGGACAAUUCAAUGUAUUGUUUUCUACCUAGAUACUGGUAGUUGUGAAAUUAUGCAGCAGUGAUAAACAUAUAGUAAUCUAGUUUCAAAGCUGCUAUUAUUAUUAAUAAUAAUUCUCUGGCUAGCUUUUGAUUAGCUGUAGACUACUACAUAUGGGAUAGCCACUAGGUUGGCAUACCCUUUUGAUUAGAAAUUCGCUCGUCUCCAAUUGUUACGAGCGAAGAAACAUCUGGGAAUGGAAGGCUAUUCAUUCAAGCGAACAAUUCUUGACUGAAAUUGUAAAGCGAUUUCUCGGCCCAUUCUCUGAA